AUGCCAACUUCGGUCACGGCUGGGGUUGCCGCUUCUGAGCCUGUGCUAGAGGUCAAGAAGGAUCUGCGCCUUCUGCAGACGGGUCGACCGGUGGCGGGGUACUCCAACACACCAGAACUUCUGGCAAAGCACAAUGCCGUGACGGGAGGGAAACCCUACUUCCGCUUCCCGCCAGAGCCCAACGGCUUUCUCCACAUUGGUCAUGCGAAGAGCAUGAACCUGAACUUUGGCUGUGCCGUGGCCCACAAUGGCAAGUGCUACCUGCGCUACGACGACACCAACCCGGAGGCGGAGGAACAAAUUUAUAUCGACGCCAUUCAGGAAAUGGCGCGCUGGAUGGGGUGGAAGCCGGACUGGAUCACAUUUUCCUCGGACUACUUUCAACAGCUCUACGAUUUUGCAAUUCAACUUAUUAAGGACGGGAAGGCCUACGUUGAUCACUCAACCGCGGAGGAAAUUAAGAAGCAGCGUGAAAGCCGCGAGGAGAGCCCAUGGCGUAAUCGCCCUGUUGAGGAGAAUCUUCUCCAUUUUGAGUACAUGCGACAAGGACGGUACGCAGAAGGUGAGGCGACAUUGCGGGUGAAAAUUGACAUGAAAAGUGAUAACCCAAACAUGCGUGACUUUAUUGCCUACCGUGUCAAGUUUUCUGAGCAUCCACACGCCAAGGACAAGUGGUGCGUUUACCCUAGCUACGACUACACCCACUGCCUCGUCGACAGUCUGGAAGACAUCGAUUACAGUUUGUGCACGUUGGAGUUUGAGACACGACGCGAAAGCUAUUUUUGGUUGCUGGAGCAAUUGAAUCUCUGGAGGCCGUUUGUUUGGGAGUUUAGCCGUCUUAACGUGACCGGGUCGCUGCUGUCAAAGCGCAAAAUCAAUGUUCUCGUGAAGAAGGGCAUCGUCCGUGGGUUUGAUGACCCGCGUCUGCUGACUUUGGCUGGCAUGCGUCGACGCGGCUACACACCAGAGGCCAUCAACCGAUUCUGCGAUCAUGUCGGCAUUACACGCUCGAUGAACGUGAUUCAGAUUUCCAUGCUGGAGCAUCUUCUUCGCGAGGACCUUGACGAACGCACCGAGCGUCGUCUUAUGAUUAUGGACCCUGUUAAGGUCGUCAUUGACAACUGGGACGGCGAAAUGGAGGUGGAAUGCCCCAACCACCCGCGCAAACCCGAGCUAAAGUCGCGAAAGGUAAAGUUCACCAAAACAUUUUACAUCGACCGCAGUGACUUCCGUACGGAGGAUAAUAACAGUAAGUUCUACGGCCUUGCGCCCGGAUCACGUCCUGUGGGGCUGAAGUACUCUGGGAAUAUUUUUUGCCGCAGCUACGAGUGUGAUGAGACGGGGCGACCCUCCCUCAUUCACGUCGAGGUGGACUUUGAACGCGCAAUGAAGCCAAAGACAAACAUCACUUGGGUCAGUGAGAAGUACGCGGUGCCGGUGGAAUACCGACUCUACGGAUAUCUUUUGAAGGACGAUCGUGCCGCCAUUGACCCGGAGUUUCUCAAGUACAUCAAUGCCGACAGCGAGCAGGUGCAGCAGGGCUAUGCUGAACCGGCAGUACAAAGUGCGAAGGUGUUUGAGUCUGUGCAGGCUGAACGCUUUGGGUAUUUCGUCGUGGACCCAGACACACGUCCCGGUCACCUCGUCAUGAACAGGGUGCUGACGCUCAAGGAAGAUAAGGAAAAGGCCGCCACAGCCCUCCGCCCCCAAAAGUAA